AUGGAUGAUAAACCAAUUUCAUUACUUACGCAAGCUUCAGGAUAUGGGGUUUUAGUUGGUGUUGGAGCAUUAUUUGCUCUAGGUAUAAUUGUGGCAACAAAGCUCAUGACCAAAUACCUGCACGAAGAUUCUCAAUCGACAGAAAACUUCAUGGUUGCAAAUAGAAACAUUGGAGUGGGUUUGACUGGUUCGGUGGUGUUUAGUUCUUGGUAUUGGGCAACUGAAAUAUUAUGGGUUGUCACUAUGGUGUACAGUUAUGGUAUUAUGAGCAGCUUUUGGUAUUUUGCUGGAUUAUCAGUUCAAAUAUGUGUAAUGUCGUUACUAGGAAUCCAAGCAAAGAAAAAGAUUCCAAACGGUCACACCUGUUUAGAGAUCGUUGAACUUCGUUAUGGAAAAGCUGCUCAUUUGCUUUACAUGUUUAUGUGUUUAGCGAAUAAUUUGUUAUCAUCAUCUUCAAUGAUUUUAGGUGCCGCAGCUGCAAUAUCUAUUAUUUCUGGAAAUCUGAACAUUGUCGCAUCCACUAUGUUAAUUCCAUUCGGGGUGAUGUGUUACACUGUUGUAGGAGGGUUGAAAGCUACAUUUUUAACAGACUACUUUCAUUCCCUAAUUGCUUUGAUCAUAUUGGUUUACUUUAACACUGCCGUAAUCAGCAGUGACAAAAUUGGAGGGAUCAGCGGUCUAUAUGAUAAAGUUAUAAAACAUGAAGGUGAUCGAUACAUAGAAGGUAACUACAAGGGUUCUUUCUUGACAGGAAAAUCUCAAGGUGCUAUAUUUUUUGGUAUCAUUCACUGUGUUGGUGACUUUGGUUUGACAGUAAUGGAUUCUAGUUUCUGGCAGAAGGCAUUUAGUGCAAAUUUAAAAGCAUCAGUGCCAGGUUAUCUAAUCGCUGCUUUUUUAAUUCCGGCUAUUGUGUGGCCUUUAGGGACCAUAGUUGGGCUAUCAAAUAUUGUUCUUGAAAAAGAGUCUUUCUUUCCAACCUAUCCUCGGACAAUGAAUUCUAAUGAGGUUAAUAGCGGUUUUGGUCUUCCUUACACAUUAAUGGCGGUACUUGGUAAGGGUUCGCUUGGAGCUCUUCUUUUAGCAAUAUAUCUAGCAGUAACUUCCACCGUUAGUGCCCAAAUGAUAGCUGUCAGUUCUAUAAUAUCAUUCGAUAUCUACAGAAAGUACUUCAAUAGUAAGGCUGAAAACUCACAGUUGAUCAAAGUUUCUCACAUUGGUGUUAUCUUCUUUGGUUUAUUUUCUGCUGGAUUUACAGUCAUGUUGCAUUAUGUUGGUGUUGACAUGACAUGGAUGGGGUACUUUAUCUCAAUGAUAAUCUGUCCUGGUGUAGUGCCGCUUACCCUCACCAUACUGUGGGAUAGGCAAACUAAAUUAGCCGCAAUGGUUUCUCCUAUUUUGGGGUGUAUUGCAGGUAUAGCGGUCUGGCUAGGUACCGCCUUCAAAUUUUAUGGUGAAGUCACCAUUAAAACAACAGGUGCCCAAUUGCCUUGUAUGUAUGGUGGUUUAACAGCCUUAUUCUUACCUGCAAUUUUAACAGUAAUGAUAAGUCUUUGCGAUACCUCUUAUAGAUUCGAUUGGGCGGAAUUUAAUAAAGCGAAUCUCAUUGUUAAUGAUUUACAGGAUGAAGUGUCUGAAACAGCGAUUUAUAGUCAGGAUAAAUUGGAAGAAUCUAGAAUAGAAGUAUCAGAGGCUGGUGACAAACAUUUUGACUCUGAGAGGAACUUAUCUGUAGGCAAAGAGGCUUACUCCUCUGAUAUUGUUGAAAUAACUGAUUCUGCCAGUGGAAAUGCAACUUCUUCCAAUGACCAAAGAAUAAUAACCAUAUACACAAAGAUAGCUGCAGGAUCGGUCGUGUUUGUUCUAUUGAUAACUUGGGUCUUAUGGCCUUUGCCUUUGUAUCGGGAUUAUAUCUUUUCAAAAGCAUUUUUCACUGGAUGGACAGUGAUGUCUAUUUUUUGGGUCUAUCUUGCUUUGAUAAUGAUUGGAUUUUUUCCUCUAUGGGACGGGAGACACUCUUUAAUAAAAAUAGUCAAAGGUAUUCAAAAUGAUUUGAAUAAAUGA